AUGACUAAUAAACUGCAGAUCCAGGUUGAUUCGCAUGCUCAAGAAUACACGGGGUGCCUUAAAGAGUGGGUUGUAUCUUCUUCUCAUUCAGCUGGCUCUCCCACUACGAUCACUGAUAGUUGUCUUGCCUCGAGUGGCACAACUCGGUCAGUAUAUGUCAAGGGCAUACUGCAAAGCGACGCUACUCUGAUUUGUCAAUAUGAACCGUGUGCACCCAUCCCAUCCAGCCGUGUCUGGCGCUGCCGUCGUGAGCUAUUAGAUCUACUCGUGACAAUAAAUUCGAGCAUCGAAUGUGUUGGCGGAUAUAUAAACUCGUCCUCUCUCCGGCCUCUCUCCGUUCCCACUGCCUCUGGCCUCCAAAUCACACAUAGUUUUCCCCACGGAAUAAACCAGAUCAUAUAUUGCCUGCUUCCACUAAAUUCUGAACCCGUCAAGUAUCCCAGUACAAUUGCCGUACGCUUUACAUCAUGGACGUCCCCCAAAGCUGCACAGUACUAG